GCAGAAAGGUUCAGCGCGUGGUUAUUAGACAGUUAUAAUCCCUGCCUUCUGGAGUCUGCAGACAGAUCAUGUUCUCAUCCAGCAAGAUGAAACAACUUAAUGUGUCCUUACUGCUGGUGCUAGUGACCUGCUGCCCAAUAUCAUUCUCCUACCCAAAUGGGGCACCAAUAUCUACUUGCGAGACAAUGAAGCCUGGUCAUGUUGGAGUCUACCCUCAGCCAAAACCUGCACCCUACAUAAUGAAGAUCAACUCUAGUUCCUACCAAAGUGGCAAACCCAUACAAGUACAAAUACUGGGCCCUCCAUAUAGAGGAAUCUUGCUUCAAACCAGGACAUUUGCAAAGACUACGCUGUAUGGGACAUGGCUUGAACCUCCAAAGGACACCAAGAUAUUGCCGUGUCCUGGAAAUACAGUUGGUUCUAUUACACACGCUAACACCAACUUAAAAAACCAGUCUACCACGUAUAUCUGGAUGCCACCAAAUUCAAGUUGCCCGUAUGUCUUGUUCUUUGUAGCCACGGUAGCGGAGUCAUUUAAUGUCUACUGGCUCGGAGUCAGGUCUGCUAUUAUCUAUAGAGAUCCAACAACUACAUGCAGCAUGGAUAAAAACACUGGGAAAUCAGGACUGUUCUUGGACAGUAGUGGAAUGGCCUGGGAGCCGGCCCUUUACCUGUUUAUGUGCCUUCAACUUGUAUUGUUCUUGGUAGAGUGGCCCCUUUUGCUAUGAACAAUUAAUGUUUCAUCAUCAUGAGUAAAGACAGAAAGUCAUUUCCAUGAUUAUGCCAAAAAUAAAAAGUGAACUUGGAAAAAAAAAUAGAAAUAAGUUGUCAUGCAUAAUUUUAGGGGCUACAUUACAUUCACGCCUUAAUUUUGGAAACCAUCAGUCACAUGUAUAUCAAUAGUGUGGCGUCUGUACAUGCAGUGCUGGAUGGAUUUGCUUUCAUCAUAAGUGGGGGUCUCAGAUGCUGGAUACCCGUCAUUGUGACUGAUUGACAUGAAGGUGCAUAUAACAGCAGUUGGACUCCCACAAAACAGACACCGGCGUCAUAUCUUUAUGGAACGCCACCAGCGUUUAGCAGACGCAUUAAAGCCAGUUUCACACAAUGAUUAUACAAGCCCAUUUUGGCACCCAUUUUAGGCCGGUCUGCAGAUCUAAUGACCAGAAGUAACAGCAUCAUGUGUAGUCAUUGGAAGAGAUCACUGACAGACUGACUUUGAGGAGAGUCGGGAGGCCGCAAUACACAUUAUAUGGUCGUCUGGUCCACUUCUCUAACAUAUAUCUAAUGGGUAAGGCGGGCUUAAAGGGGUAUUUCAUGAUCAUAAUAACAUACGCCAUCAAUAUCUGAUUGUCAAGGCUCUGACACUUCACCGAUCAGUUGUUACUAAAGUAGCUCCUCUGUCGCCAGAAAUACACACAUACCCGGUCCAUUGUGUAGUGAACGGAGUUGGUAACUGCAAUGCUCCCCUCAUUCACUUCAAUGGGAUCAGCGCUGUAAUAACCAGCAUCGUCCACCAGUGUCCAGAGCUACUCAGUAAUAGCAGAUUAGCGGGGUGUGCGGGAUGUCAGACCCCGACUCUCGGAAACGGAUGGGCUAUGCUGAGGAUAGGACAUCAGUAUUAAAAUUCCCUUUAAACAUGCAUAAAAGAUGGAAGUCUGGUG